AAAUGUUCACAACAAACCCUUCCAGAGCGGAGAGAGAGAGCGUCCCGCUGUGACUGCCGGACAGAAUGCUGCGACUGACCACACUGAUCGCUGGGCUGUGUCUGCUACAUUGUGCUACGGCGGGAAAAGUGUGCGCCAGGCCCCGGGAGGUCCAGUCUGCGGUGUUCAGACCCGGGAAGGUGCUGUAUGAGCCGCGGGAUGUGGUGACCUAUUCCUGUAUUCCGGGGUAUGAGAGAGAAACCGGGAAUGACAAAGCCGUGUGUUCAACCCUCGGGAGCUGGGAGCACGCCACCCUGAGGUGUAAAGCCAAGCAGUGCCCCAAACCCGGCCCUCUGGACAACGGACAGGCCCAUUAUAAGCAGCUGACCUAUGAGAGUGUCAUGUGGUUCUCCUGUAAUAAAGAGUUGGCUGCGUCUGCUGUGUCCCCUCCCCCUAGGUACACCCUACGCGGAGCCAAUGAGAGCGAGUGUCUGGAAAACGGGAAAUGGAGCCAGAAGAUGCCGAUCUGUGAAGUGGUGACCUGUCCUCCCCCUCCGCUGCCGAAAUCCGCCGAGAUCCAACACCACGCGCCGCGGGGAAAGAACGUUUCCAUCUACCAGGACGUGGUGGCCUAUCGCUGUCUGCAGAACCUCGUCCUCAUCGGAAACGAGAACGUCACCUGCACUGAGAACGGAACCUGGAGCUCCGCCCCCGAGUGUCGGGAUGUGAAAUGCAAUCGUCCGACGGAAAUAACCAACGGCUACAUGAGUUUUGCUCUCUACCGGAAGUACAAUUAUAAAGAAUCGGUGAGCUACGGCUGUAACCCGCCCUACGCCUUGGACGGCCCCCGAAUAUCCUUCUGUGACAAAGACGGGGAAUGGUCCCAGAAGCCCGCCUGCAGAGGUCCGUGUCAUGUGACCACGCCCAAGGCCACCGUCCUCUAUAACGGGAGAAGGACGCGGGUGGAUGAAAUCGCAGGUCAGCAGAUCCAGCAUGGCGACAUCCUGACCUACUUCUGCAAGAAUAAGGAACAGAAGUGCGCCUAUACAGUGCAGAGCCGGUGCCAGGGGGGCAACUUUACCGCGCCCGCCUGCUACAAGAAACCGGGAACCUUUUCACUGUUUUCCACCGAUCCGUCUAAGAUGACCCCCUGCGCUCAGGAGGCGGAGCCGUGAUUAACCACCGCUGGGAACGCGAAAAGCCGCUCAGGAAAAAACUUUCAGUAAAAUGCAUUUCUUAUUAAUUGUCGGGAUAAAUUGCCGGAUGGAGCUUCAAAGUGCGGCGGUUUCGUUGUUUUCCGGAUCGGCUGCCAAUCGCCCUCCUCGCCGGGGGGUUCAGUUUUAUGUGUUUGUGUACAAAAAAUAAAAAUAAUAAACAUCUGCUUCCUGCGCUCC